AUGGUCAAAGAUGAUUCGAAAGCAGGGUCUAGUAGGCUGAAAUCUGCUAAGGACGACGGCAGUAGGAGGAAAGCAGGCUUAGAUUUCCGGGAUUUGUUGUAUCGAUGUCGCAGUUCACUGCAAUUCCAGCUAGAUCAGUUGGUGUAUGACAAGAGCUCAGAAGUGAGCUCUAAAGCGGAAGAGAGCGUUGAAGUCGAUCAAGAAUUGGAACAAUUAACUAAUAUGACAAGAAUACCGCUUCGACUCGAGAAAUUUAUGCUAUGGACAUUGUUGGCGUGUUUCGAUUGCUUCCUACACUAUUUUACGGUGAUGCCUUUGAGAAUUAUCAGCGAUAUCUUCCAAAUUCGAAAGAACGGCAAGUGGCUUUCGAGGACUCAUACUGAGCGUUUCAUGGUUUUUCUUAUAGUCAUCGCUUCGAUUGUUCUCAGUAAAAUGGACACUUCUAAGGCGUAUCACCGGAUCAAACGACAAAGCUCGGUGAAAUUGUACAUGUUGUUUGGCGUACUGGAGAUGGCAGAUAAGAUGUUGGCCAGCAUGGGCCAGAGCUUGUUCACAGUGAUACUCUCAGGCAAGUUUUUCCGACAACCAAGAUUUCGCCAGUUCCUACUGACAGUUAUUUCGUUGGUAUACCUAAUAUGUCAUGGAUAUGUCAUGGUGCUCCAGACUGUGGCGCUCAAUGUAGCCGUCAACUCAUAUUCUAAUGCAUUCUUGACAUUGCUGCUAUCGAUGCAGUUCGCCGAAAUCAAGGCCUCUCUGCUGAAGAGGACCGAUAAGGAAGGACUGUUUCAAUUAGCUAUAGCAGAUGUUGUGGAGAGAAGCCAAAUCACAUUUCUACUGAUUAUCAUUGCUUUGAGGAACAUUUUUGCGAACUCCAAACUUCAAUCUAGCUUGAUUCCCCGAUCUUGGACCCUCCACGCGACUUCAUCCGUCAUCCUCGGUGUGCUUUGCGGGCCUAUGUUCAGUGUAAUUGGCAGCGAGUUGUUAGUUGACUGGGUGAAACACGCCUAUGUUACAAAGUUCAAUCGAAUACGACCCCAAAUCUACGGCAAGUUUUUGGUUAUAAUGUGCACUGAUUACACAACUGGUUUAAAAAAAUUCUGCGACAGACUUGGGCUGCCGAUUCAAGCCCUAGUCGUCCUCUUCAUCGUCAUGAUACGUCCUACGCUUUCCCAAAUGCUCGAAUUUAACUCCUUCAUGAAUGCUGCUAUCGCCGUCUUCAGAUGUGCGCUGGGAUUCGUCUGCCUCAUAAUGAUCAAGAUGCUUCUCCGGUCCCUUCUCGUAGUGUGGAGCAAGAGCAUACUGGCCGGUGAGCAGCUAAGCACAGCCGUCACAGAGGAGGAAUACGUCCCAGGCAUGCUGAGCGCUGGAAGCGGCAAGAUUGAUCGAAAUGCGAGGUCCAUUAUUCACGGUGGAUCAAAACAGUCGCCAGACUAUCGUCGAGCAAGAGACACUCCAGCAUUGAAACUACCAGGCUCGCGUGCUGCUGCAUCAGAAACACGCUCAGACAGACUUCCUCCGACGCUAAACGAGCUUCGAAGCAACAAAGAUGCCAAGAAUCCGCGCUCUCUCGAAAGGGUUACUCGCUACAACAUGGUCUCAAAAAGGAUAUGGUAA